CCUUCUUUCACUUAGCUCCUCCCUAGUGUUAAACCAGAGUAAAGCUUGAAACUUUGGACCACAAAAAAAAAAGAAAAGAUGGCGUCUUUGGGUGUGUCGGAAAUGCUUGGUACUCCCCUUAACUUCAGGGCAGUUUCAAGAUCGUCUGCUCCGUUGGCUUCAAGCCCGGCCACGUUCAAGACAGUUGCUCUCUUCUCUAAGAAAAAGCCAGCUCCUCCUCCUAAGUCCAAGGCCAUCUCUGAGACUAGCGACGAGCUCGCCAAGUGGUAUGGUCCUGACAGGAGAAUUUUCUUGCCCGAUGGUCUCUUGGACAGAUCAGAGAUCCCAGAGUACUUAAACGGUGAAGUUGCUGGAGAUUAUGGUUAUGACCCAUUUGGUCUUGGCAAGAAGCCUGAGAACUUUGCUAAAUACCAAGCCUUUGAAUUGAUCCACGCGAGAUGGGCUAUGUUGGGAGCUGCUGGUUUCAUCAUCCCUGAAGCUUUAAACAAAUACGGUGCCAACUGUGGUCCUGAAGCCGUCUGGUUCAAGACCGGUGCUUUGCUUCUUGAUGGAAACACAUUGAACUACUUUGGCAAGAACAUCCCAAUCAACCUUGUUCUCGCCGUAGUUGCUGAAGUUGUUCUCCUUGGUGGAGCUGAGUACUACAGAAUCACCAACGGAUUGGACUUUGAAGACAAGCUACACCCAGGAGGUCCAUUUGAUCCUUUGGGACUUGCUAAGGACCCUGAGCAAGGAGCACUACUCAAGGUUAAAGAGAUCAAGAACGGGAGAUUAGCCAUGUUUGCGAUGCUCGGUUUCUUCAUCCAAGCUUAUGUUACUGGUGAAGGUCCUGUUGAGAACCUUGCACAGCAUCUCAGUGAUCCUUUCGGAAACAAUUUGCUUACCGUUAUCGCUGGAACUGCCGAGAGAGCUCCUACUCUCUAAGCCAUUUUCUAUUUUCUAAGAGCUUCCAAAAUGUAAACUUUGUUCGAUUGGAACCUUCUUUUGACAAUGUUAUAAACUUUCAUCUGAAUCUUCUUGAUAUAUUUCAUUGGUGCUUUAUAUCA